AAAUUAUAAAAUUUUAUAAAACCAAACUCCAUUAAUUUCAAUUAUAAAAAAACAGCUACUAAAUGACUGACGCAGAGGAUAAACGUCCAGAAUGGGGCAAAAAAUUGUCCAAAUUUGUCCCAAUACCACAGCGUGUUAUCAUGUCCAUAAUGGGAUUCUUUUCCAUAAUCAAUAAUUAUACGCUACGCAGUUGUAUUUCCGUUACAAUCACCCGUUUGGUUUUAAAACGAACUUAUUCAAAUGAAACCGCGGCUAGUGGAGAGGUCUGCCCAAAACCUGAAUUAACCGAAGAGGAAGAGAAACUGGCUGGCGGUGAAUAUGACUGGUCACAGGAAAUGCAAGGUUACAUACUUGGCGCUUUUUAUAUUGGCUACAUUUUGGGGCAUUUACCUGCUGGUUUGCUAUCCGAAAAAUACGGCGCAAAAUGGGUGCUGGUAUGUGGAAUGUCCACAGCUACCAUACUAACAAUAUUUACACCAUUGUGCAUUCAAUUACUUGGACCGGUUGCCUUAAUCAUUUUACGUGCUAUAAUGGGUUUUGGCGCCGGCUUCUCAUAUCCAUCAUUCAGUGCUCUUUUGGCCCAUUGGGUACCCACACAUGAGCGUAAUUUGCUUGGUGCAUUUAUAAUGGGCGGUGGCCAAAUGGGUACGGUGUUAAGUAAUAGUGUGUCGGGAACUAUUUUGCGUUAUACAACAUGGCCAUGGGUAUUUUAUACAUUUGGAUUUUUCGCCGCUUUGUGGAUAUUGUUUUUUAUAUUAUUGUGCUAUAGUGACCCAGAAUCGCAUCCGUAUUUAGGAGACAAAGAGAAGGAUUAUCUUAUGCAACAUAUGGGUCGACUUGGACGUGAUCAUAAUUUACCAGCUUUCCCUUGGUUGACCGUCUUCAAAAGCAAAGCAAUGUGGGUACACAUUUGCGCCCAGAUCGGACACGAUUGGGGCUUUUAUGUAAUGUCCACUUGUUUCCCGAAAUUCUUGAAUGAUGUUUUACAAUUGCAAAUACUCAAAACUGGCAUAUACUCUUCGAUUCCAUUCUUAUUAUUUUGGUUUGCUUCGCUUUUAUUUGGGACAAUAUCUGACUUUAUAAUUAAACGCGAUGUGAAUAAGGCGACAUGUGUGCGCAAAUGGAUGACAUUUAUAG